AUGGAUGCGAUAUCCGAGAGUGUUUUCGUCGAUGUAGAAAGUGGCGAUGUUGCUGUUGAUGACCCUUCAUUGCUUACGGUGGUGGUUGAUCUUUCACCACAAGGUUGGUACAACGUACGAGAUCAAAUCACACUUCAAGACGCCAUGAAAUCUCUCUUGGUGUUUCUUAAUGCACAUCUAGCUUUGAACAAUGCCAACCAGGUGGCACUAGUUGCUAGUACACCUCGUGGCUCAAGGUUCUUAUAUCCAAACCCAGAGAAGAAAUAUGACUUUGAUAGUGGAGCUCCAAGUUUGGUCAAUAAGGAUAUGUAUCGUCAAUUCCGUUUGGUUGAUGAAGCUGUGUUGGAAGAGGUGAACCUUGUGGUGGAAGAAGAGGCCAAAGCCAUGGCUGCUGAAAAGGCUGCUGGUAAGGAAGAUCUGCCCGUGGUAGGUUCGACCUUGGCAGGAGCGCUCAGUAUGGUUCUUACAUAUACCAACAGAAUGCUUAAUUUGGAUCAGACGAUUUCCACCACCAAGGACUCUGCUAUAAGUAGCAGUACAAACGCUGCCGCCUUGGGCCGCCUGGCUGCCGGAGGUGGAGGAUCUAGCGGUGGCUCGGCGGGUAGUGGCUCGGGCUCCGGUUCUGGGGGCACUGGAGCUGUGUCGCAUCUCACAUCAAUGAAAUCAAGAGUUAUGGUGCUUACAGCUAGUGAUGAUAACGAUGUCAACUAUAUUCUGACCAUGAAUGCCAUCUUUGCUGCGCAAAAGAUGCGACUUCUGAUCGACGUGGCUAAAUUAGGACAUCGUCAUUCGGCAUAUCUCCAGCAAGCAGCAGACACCACCAAUGGGAUCUACUUGCACAUUGAACAUCCUCAAGGUUUAGUUCAGGUUUUGGCCACCGCCUUCUUCAUUGAACCAUCGAUCCGUCCACUCAUCAUCUUGCCAACAAACGCGAACACAAACUACAAGGCCAGUUGUUUCAUCACCGGGAAAUCUGUAGAUAUGGGGUAUGUUUGUAGUGUUUGUCUUUGUAUCAUGAGUGUCAUACCUGCCGAUACCAAGUGCCCCACAUGUGACUCGGAGUUUGACCAAGCUACUGUGGCACAGUUACGCCGGGGGCCUGUUGUUGCUCCUAGAAAGAAAAGAAAGACCGACAGUGGUGGUACAGCUACUCCUGUUCCAAUGGAUGUUGCCACUCCAGAAUAG